CCAGAAGAAAACUGGGGCCCACAAGAUUAUGCUGACCACAUUGCAGAUUGGUUACGCACCUUGCCUAAAAAUAAAGGGAAACGCAUCUGGGUGGGGCAUUCUUUUGGAUGUCGCAUUGGUAUCCGUCUGGCAGCAAAACACCCAGAACUGAUUGAUGGACUCUUUCUGAUUAGCGCUGCCGGUCUUAAAAGGCAAAGAACCCUCUUAGAAAAACUCACAUUGAAGGCAAAAAUCUAUACCUAUAAAGCUGGGAAAAAGCUUGCCCCGCUCCUAGGCAUUUCUCAAGAUGCCCUCCGCAAACAUUUUGGAAGCGCAGACUAUCAAAAUGCUGGAGAGUUGAGAGAUAUUCUUGUCAAAACCGUUUCCGAAGAUCUCACAGAAAUUGCCAAAAAGGUCCCCUGCCCUGUACAUUUAGCUUUUGGUGAAAAAGAUGACCAAACGCCCCCAGAAAUGGGAAAACGCUACCAAAACCUUAUAAGAAACGCGACGCUCUUCAUCCUACCUGGCCUGAAUCAUUAUUCCAUCCUUGGACCGGGACACCAUCAAGUCGUCGCCCUCAUUAAAAACUUUAUUGAAAAGAUCUCAAACCAUGAUUGA